UUGCUUUGGGGGGUUUCCUCGCCCAGUGGGAGGCACGCAGUGCCUGGAGAGUGGGUUUGAAGAGCCACUUCUGUGAGCGACUUGGGCAUUCAUUUGAGCCCCAGUCCCAGUCUUCUCUGAAUCUUGUGGUCUCAAGGGUAAGUUGUAGCUGCUGUGGAAAGCAAGUGUGAAUGAGGGUCUCUGAGUGGGACUUCUCUGGGGAGCCAUCUGACCAUCACUCCUGGGCUGGCUCCAUGGGAAGCAUUUAUACUUCUGGGCAGGGAAAGGGGAGCAAAAUAUCUGUCCAUGCCUCUGACUCCGACCCGGGAGGGGCCCUGUCCAUCUGCAGAGUGUCAGGACCUCCAGCCCCCUAGCAGCCCCUCCCUCCAGCUCCCCCUUCAUCUCUUAACCCCUCUGACCCCAACUGUUAUAUGGGAAAAUGUCCGCUCCGCCCACCUCUCUGGGGUUUGGGGAGGGUAAGGAGAACCAGUGGGCAUAAAAGGGAUUUGUAAACAGUCCAUGGCUCUGCAAACCCCAGGGAAGAGGAUCAGGAUCAGGCCUCCGGACCCUCCAUGCACUGGCUUCAGGCUCCCGGUCCCCUGCUGCUGCCUUUAGAUGCAGAACCUGGGCAUGCUGUAGCUGUCAGUCACAAGAUAGCUCCUUCACCUUCCCCAGGGGCAUGUCCACCUCCCUGGAGUCUUUAAACUUCCCUAGUUUAGUUCUCCUGUAAAGCUGUUAAAAGGAGGUCUGGAUUCACCACCCACCGCCACCCCCAUCCGCACCGUGGCCCCUUCUCUCCACGUAACUUUGACGCACAAACAUUAACCCUGAGGUUUCCGGAGGUGGCUGCCAGGACUGGCGCUGGUCUGGCUGCGGUGUGCGCCUGGCCAGUCUCUUGCUCUGGAACCAGAUACACUGAUCAUGAGGAAAAUCUCUGGGAAGGGUCAAGAGAGUCAAGCAGGUUUCGACUUGGCAUCCCCAGAAGCUUCAACUCUGGAGGCGAUGGGUCGAAAGGAAGAAGAUGACUGCAGUUCCUGGAAGAAACAGACCACCAACAUCCGGAAAACCUUCAUCUUCAUGGAAGUGCUCGGGUCAGGAGCAUUUUCAGAAGUUUUCCUGGUGAAGCAACGGGUGACUGGGAAGCUCUUUGCCUUGAAGUGCAUCAAGAAGUCACCUGCCUUCCGGGACAGCAGCUUGGAGAAUGAGAUUGCUGUGUUGAAAAAGAUCAAGCAUGAGAACAUCGUGACCCUGGAGGACAUCUACGAGAGCAGCACUCACUACUACCUGGUCAUGCAGCUUGUUUCUGGAGGGGAGCUUUUUGACCGGAUCCUGGAGCGAGGCGUCUACACAGAGAAGGAUGCCAGUCUGGUGAUCCAGCAGGUCUUGUCAGCAGUGAAAUACCUCCAUGAGAAUGGCAUCGUCCACAGAGACUUAAAGCCUGAAAACCUGCUGUACCUCACCCCUGAAGAGAAUUCGAAGAUCAUGAUCACAGACUUUGGUCUGUCCAAGAUGGAACAGAGUGGUGUCAUGUCCACAGCCUGUGGGACCCCAGGCUACGUGGCUCCGGAAGUGCUGGCCCAGAAACCCUACAGCAAGGCUGUGGAUUGCUGGUCCAUUGGCGUCAUCACCUACAUACUGCUGUGUGGGUACCCUCCUUUUUAUGAAGAAACAGAGUCGAAGCUUUUUGAGAAGAUCAAAGAAGGCUACUAUGAGUUCGAGUCUCCAUUCUGGGAUGACAUUUCUGAGUCAGCCAAGGAUUUUAUUUGCCACUUGCUGGAGAAGGACCCAAAUGAGCGGUACACCUGCGAGAAGGCCUUGAGGCACCCCUGGAUCAAUGGAAACACAGCCCUCCACCGGGACAUCUACCCAUCUGUCAGCCUCCAGAUCCAGAAGAACUUUGCCAAGAGCAAGUGGAGGCAAGCCUUCAACGCAGCCGCCGUGGUGCACCACAUGCGGAAGCUCCAUAUGAACCUGCACAGCCCCGGCACCCGCCCCGAGGUCGAGAACCGGCCACCCGCCACGCAAGCCUCAGAAGUCUCUAGACCUGGCUCCCCUGAGAUUACCAUCACAGAAGCACCAGCCCUGGACCAGAGCGCCCCACUCCCCACACUGACUCAGAUGCCCUGCCAGCACGGACCUCAGUCUGUGGUCCCCGGUGGCAGGUCCCUCAACUGUCUGGUCAAUGGCUCCCUCCGCAUCAGCAGCAGCCUUGUGCCCAUGCACCAGGGGCCUCUAGCCACUGGGCCCUGUGGCUGCUGCUCCAGCUGCCUGAGCAUUGGGAACAAGGGAAAGUCUUCCUACUGCUCGGAGCCCACACUCCUCAAAAAGGCCAACAAAAAACAGAACUUCAAAUCAGAGGUCAUGGUGCCAGUUAAAGCUGGUGGCAGUUCCCACUGCCGGGCAGGGCAGACUGGGGUCUGUCUCAUUAUGUGAUCCCUGGAGUCCAGGCCUGUGUUACUAUAGUUUUCAGGGAACAUGUCCAACUCUUCUCUGCCCGUCCAAACCUGGCAUCUACCCUGCAGAGGGCAGAAGGCCAACAAGUGGCGCAGGGCCUGGCAGGAGGGGGCUCUGAUCUGGAACAGCAACCUGCCGCCGCCUGGGGCAGACCCUCACAGUGGCCCCAGAGGAAGUCCCAAGACCUGAGGAGGCUCCUUGAAGCUGUGGGCAGGAGGAUCGGCAUCUGCCGGCUUCCAGGUCUCCCUGACCUGUCUGCUCUCUGCCCCUCCAUACACCCUACGUGCCGUGGCUCUGUGCAGUGUGCGUAGAUAGUGCUCGCCUGGGUCUGUAUUGUUUGUCGUGAAAAGCUUAGUGGACUGGCCAGGCUGUGCCACCUUCUCCAAGCAAAGCCAUAUGAAGCCUCUACUCAGACUCCCCACUCUGCACACACUCACUCCUGCCUCUCCAGUCUCCUCUGGCCUCCUGGCCAGACUGGGCUCAUUGUCAUAGCUGCCUGCCCAUCUGCAUGAACACCAGGCAGCUCCCAGGGGGGCCUCAAAGCUCUAAUCCUUAACUCCAGGAUUAGCUCCCCACUGCACUGAGACCUGCCAGCCCACUCCCAGAACAUUUCAGACUCUCCCCUCCUCCCCACCUCAAUCUAAACGCAGCGCUACACCCUCCAAAGUGGACUAGAAAGAAAUCCAUGACUAGGGGCUGCAAGGACCCAUCAUCCUGCCCACACAACCCUAAUUAAGUAGACUGGAAGCUGACUAUUUUCAUUUCAGCUAGGAGUUCCAAUCCUGCCUCCCUGGAAGUCCAGUGCAUCGUUCUUGUCCUUGCAUAGUUUUCUCGCCCCACCCCCUCCAGCUUCAUGCUCCUUGUUGUGCUCAAUAAAAUGGACAUAUUUUUCUCUACAAAGCUUCAUUUUAUCCUUUCAAAGGCAGAAGCAGCUCAGGGACCUCAGCCUGUCUGGAGUGGAAGGUACCUGGACAGCUGCAGGUCAGGUCGGAAGGAGCAAUCAGGGCUGGUGUGUAUCAGGAGCCGGCAGUGUGCCGGGCACCUAGUAACAAACAUGAGCUACCCCAUUCACAACAACAGGAGCAGGUUCUGCAGAGCCUGGCUCCAGUGUCCAUUCUCUUAAUGGCUGUAUUAGAAGAACAUGAGUUUGAGGCCCAGCUCUACCCUCCUCUGCCACUUCUGUGACCUUGGGUGAGUUCCUUGCCUUUUGUGCCUUGGUUUUCUCAUUUGUCUGAUGGGAAUAACAGUGCCACCUACAUCAUGAGCUAAUGCAAAUGUGUCCAACACAGUGUUCAAUAAAU